AAAUUGCACUUGUCUCGCGACUCGAUUGCACCCGAAGUGCAGCGCACCUCGUUAUUCUAGGGAAAACGCGGCCGUCGCGGGACCGACACGGGUGUUCGCAGAUCGAUAGUGAAUUUUUUUUUAGUCACCCGUCCCAGUUUUCUCCCUCUCUCCAUCCUCGUCCGUAUACUUUAGUCUCUCUCUCUCUUUCUUUCUCUCUUUCCCUCUCUGUGUUCUUUUUCCCUCGUACAUGUGCAUACAAAGAGAAAGAAGAUACCGCGGUCGUCUUUCUCGAUGAUAACCGAACAAUUUGCUUCUCCUUGGCGCUUUCGCGCUGAAGUUAGCCGUCGUGAAUGGGCGGGUCUCUCUUGCGCGCACAUUUUCGCAGUCCGCGCUUAGGCUCGUCCGCGUCAAAAGCGUCAAAGCAUUUCCACCGUUUUUCCUCUCGCUAUCGCGCCUCCGUCUUUCUUUUCUCUUCCUCCGCAUUCCGCGUUCUCUCUUUUCCUUUCCUCCUCGCACCCGAGCGUGUGCGCUCUCGAUUUACGCGCGAAUGGAUUACCGCGGCCUAUUUCAGCCAAUUAAACGGCCAGCAUGACAUCAGAACGGACGGCGGCCUCUCUCGUUGUACCGCGGCCCAGCAUUCCUAUCAAUUUGCGGGGUCCGUCAGGGCUAGGUGGGGCGAGGUGGGUGGACGGGCGAAACACCCUCCUUCGUGCGCCCCGAUUAUCAUCGCCCUCUCCGUUGGCCUCCGGCUGAAAGUAUCGUCGUGCAUCGCGAAUCUUGAACGGUUCCCCUAUUUUCCUCCCACUUUUUUCCAGCCUCCCUUUUGUCUCCGUCAAUUUACCCGUUCUGUGGUGAGGGUGAUUUUUUUCUCCCCGAGAUCUCGAGUUGUUCCAAUUACUUUAUCGAUGUAGUACGCUCGUUUUUAACAUGUAUAUACGUAUUUAGUUAUCGCGACCGCGAUACUCUUUCCUCCUUCAUCCUGAAUAAAGUUUCUCGACGAGAAAUCGUAACGAUGUGUCUCGACGUCGCAAAGUGUCUAGUGGAAGAAUAAAUAAAAAAAAAUGGAAGCUACACGAGUAUGCUGUCGCGAUAUCUCGUUUCAUCGCGAUUAUAUUUCUGUCCGUGCGCUACACUCGGUAUACUUUUGACAUAUCGAUCCCGCCUUAUCCCGAUAUUAUCGUUUAAAAUGUACAAAUAUUUAUUCGCCACUUAUCCAAGGGACCCUGUCGAAGACACGAAUAAUCCGUAAGAAGUGAAAGUUUAAGGGGAAAAAAGGGAUUUAAAGGCUGUUGCGUAAGGUUUGAUACAGUUUGCCCCUGGUUACUUUAGGUAGGAUGGAAUGGGUGGAGAUCAUAGAACCACGUACUAAGGAACAUAUGUACGCUAACCUAACCACCGGAGAAUGCGUAUGGGAUCCUCCACCGGGUGUACCUGUGAAAAAGACGGACAACAAUCAAUGGUGGGAGUUAUUUGAUCAGAAUACCUCGCGGUUUUAUUAUUAUAACGCGACGUCUCAGAAAACCGUGUGGCAUCGCCCGACCGACUGUGACAUCAUACCAUUGGCGAAACUGCAGACAUUAAAACAAAAUACGGAACCAGCAAGUGGUAGUACGUCGGAUACUCAGAAGACAACCGAACAGAGGAAGAAGGAAUCGGUUUCGACGCAAACACAAACUCCUUCAGUUAGUCGAUCGACGCGAUUUAACCAUCAGGAGAAUACGAAUUUGGCUCCGCCUUUGCAAGCUCUUUCUCUCGGUAAUGCGAACAAAACGCGGACUUCUACGGUCGGCAUAGAUCUUCAAACUUCUCCUCCUUCCCCGUCUCCGUCAACGAGGCGACACCAUCAUCAUCAUCAUCAUCACAAUAACAGGCAUCACAGGCACCAUGACGUACCUGCGGCGCGUACCAGGCAGCACAAUCAUUCGCAAGACUCUGGUAGAUCCAGCGACAGUUCCGUCUCGCACAGUAGGACGUCUUUGGAGUCGACCGGUUAUCGUUUAUUGGAUUCGCCGCAUAGGCAUCAUCAUCGUUCGGCUGUCCAGACGCCGGCGAGCACCGCACAAUCCUCCCCCAGGCAGCACAGUAGUAGUGGUACCUUAGAGGCCAGAUGUCACAAGAGCGGAACUUUGGAAAGCGUAAAGAAUCAGAAGUCUGUCUCGCUGGGAGAACCACCGCCGUUGGGCUUGUCGCUUUCAACCAGCACACCUCUCUUCAAGAAGAAGACGUUUAGCGAUCCGCAACGCGAAGGUAGAGCGGGAAACUUCGACCUGGAUAAAAGUAAAAAUGGUAGAGAAAGUAGUAGAGGCUCGUACGGUCCUGAACCGAGUACUUCACCAUAUCGCGAUUCUCUGAUGGAGUCUCGAGUCUUUAGGCAAGAAAUGCCGCCAUAUCGUCCUCCAGAGGUUCAACUUAGCCAUAGUUACAAAUCACAGGGCGAAAAGUAUGGUUCCUUAAUGGACAGUGGCAAUCGUUACCAUAGAGAUAGAGAGCGAGAGAUGCAGCAACAGCAGCAGCAACAGCAGCAUCAUCGAGAACGGGUCAACAGUCUCGACAAGACAAACUCGCCAGCCUUUUAUCAAAGUUCCAUACAUUCGAGAAAUAUGAAUAAGCAACCACAGGAUGGUACAGGUAGCAUAGGUAGAAGGCAUCACGGAUGCUCGGCGUCGCUUUCGGAGGCAAAUGUCAGGGAUGUGUACGGUGCAAUGUUGUCUGAAAGGAACGAUCCCGCCAAGAGUCUCGGUAGGGCUGCUGGCAUACACAGUGGUGGUAAUUCAACGAAACAAAGAGGUGGUCUCGAAGCGGUAGAGCGCGAGAGAGAGAGAGACCGUGACAGAGAGAAGGAAUAUAGGCGAAACACAGCGUGCAAUAACUCACUGGACUGUGUACCGCAGCCACUGGGUCGCAGUUACAGUUUUGUGCAACAGCAAAAGCAGCAGCAAAAACUAAUGCAACAACAAUUACAUCAGCAACAACAGCAGCAGCAGCAGGUUAGAAGAAGAGAACGGGAUGAUGAUGCUAUGCACGAGCGUUAUUUAAUGAUAAGUCAAACCCACGAACAAUCCAGACAGAGACUCAGUAGUAAUACUAGCAGUAGUAACAGCAGCAACAGCAGCAGCAAUAGCGCCGCGGGUGAGGAGACUGAAGGUCAUGCCGAAGGAGACGAUAGCAAGAAAAAGAGGAGUAAUGGAAAUCCCAGUCCGCCACCAUCGCCGUUUUAUGGCAAUCUUCUAGCUGAUGCUGAUCACUUAUUACCAUUGCAACAUUAUAUUCUUCAACAGGCAAAAUUAUCAGGUUGUUACAAGUUUGGAGAUCCUUUAUUAGUAGAGGAAGGGGAAGAUUCUCUGGACGAAGAAGGUGGCAGGGGUGAAGGAGGUAUCAGUGGAAGAGGCGAUGAUGAUUCUGAUGAUCAAUUCGCUGACGAUGAAGCUGCUAGCAAUCAAGGCGAUUCUUCCAGUCAAGAAUAUCUCGAAGAUCAUUACGCGGAUUUAGGAAAUUACGACACCGCCGGAUUAGCGACUUAUUAUACUACCGCCGAUACAUUGACGAGGCCACAAGCACGACCGCCCUCGCCACCGAAUAUCGUGUCUCAGACGGAAGCUAGAGACAGCGUGGUAACCACGAGACAAGUCUCAAUGCCCACUGUAAGUUCAACUCCGAGUAUUUGUACAACGAAUGUCGAUAAUACUGAUUUGGACGAAGCGCGAAGAGACGAUAGUACGGGCGGCGGUGACAUAGAAAAGUACGCACAGGACAAUCUCAAUCUGAACUGUGGCAGGCCGAAGGGACUUAGGCUGUUGUUUCGAAAGAAAUUUAGUGUACGGGACAUUCUCAGCUGGUCGAAAGACCCGAUACCUCAGCCCAUGCUCGCGAUGGUGGACGGUGAAAAACCGCUCAAGAGGGAGGCUUGCAAUCUGUUCCGAUUGGUUCAAGUGUAUAUGGGCGAUCGCAAAGCCAAUGUCGGCAUGACGUUGGACGGUGUCGCCAUGGAUAUUGUGAAUACCGCAUUUACGAAACCACCCCUGCGAGACGAGUUAUACGUACAGAUCUGCAGACAAACAACGGAGAAUCCACGGAAGGAGAGUUUACGACGUGGAUGGGAAUUGAUGGCUGUGUGUCUGGCUUUUGUGCCGCCUAGCGCUACGUUCGAGCCUUAUCUGGAGGGUUACAUGAAUAGGCAUCGCGAUCCCAACUUCCAAUUCCCCGAGGUCGCCAAAUGGCCGAUACACGUACAAGUCAGCCAUUAUGCAACCGUAGCUUGUAGGCGAUUGCAACGGAUUGGCGCGCAUGGAAAACGACAACCUCGCAAGGCUACAGUGGAAGAUAUCGAUCAAGCGAGGAUACAAAUCUUUCGCGCGUCUAUGUUUGGUGCAACGCUUUCGGAAGUUAUGGCUUUACAAAGAGAUCGCUUCCCACUUAGAGAGUUACCAUGGAUACAGACUACGCUGACGCAUCAGGUGUUGAUACGCGGUGGUACGCUGACCGAGGGUAUCUUCCGAGUGUCCGCAGACGCGGAUGAAGUCAGCGCGUUGAAAUCCUGUUUAGACAGGUUCGAGGAUGGAGCGAUUCUGGCAGUUUCUCAGGAUGCUCAUGCACCCGCUUCCCUGUUGAAAUUAUGGGUGCGCGAGCUGUACGAGCCAUUGAUACCGGAUUCCUUCUAUGUGGAAUGCGUAUCUAUGCGGCAUGAUGAUCCAAAAGCUUCUGCGGCGAUUGUAGCCGCGCUUGUCGAUCGUUUGCCGGAUCUUAAUCGUCGCGUGCUGUGUCAUCUAAUACAUUUUCUGCAGAUAUUCGCUAGAUCCGAGGUGGUCGCUCGCACUAAAAUGGACGCCAAUAAUCUUGCGAUGGUGAUGGCGCCGAAUGUAUUACGGUGCACGUCCCAAGAUCCUCGGGUGAUCUUAGAGAACGCACGGAAGGAGAUGGCCUUCGUCCGUACUCUCAUCGAGUCACUAGAUACCAGUUGGGUCGAUGAUCUUCACUGACCGCAUCCUAUCGCGCUAGAAAAAAAGUCCGCUCUAGACUAUUAUGCCAAAUGAAUCAGCUGUAUAGUCACGUCUAUUGUUAGUUAUGUCUUUUUCUCUCUGUCUCUAUCUCUUUCUCUCACUGUUCUCAAUUUAUCUUCACUCUUCUUGUUUGUCCAUCGCGUCACCCAUUUCUCCCAUAGUCCUCUAUAUAAAUGUUCUUCGUAACGGUAAUUUAGUGCUAAAGUCUUACCAUCCAAGCUAAUCAACCAAUUCGCUCCCUUAUUUCCUAUUUAUUAUUUAUAUGCAGAUUCUAUGUUAUACGACAGAUUAUUAGAGAUUAUUAGAUUAUAUUAUGUAUAUCGCUAUAUAUAUCAUAUAUAUUUUACCAAUCCCUUGUUACCACGUCGAACAAACGUGGACGGCUUUUUUACUCGAUCAUUGUUGAAUCUCGUGUAAGAUAAAAAAAGAAAUCAUGUGUUACCGUGUAUAGCUGCGCUCCGCGAUGAUCUUUUUGUAUAAGCGACGGAUUAACGUGUAAAGCGUUUUAUCGAGGAGUAAACACUGCGAAAGAUUAGCAAGCUGUA